UCCCCUGCCUUCGGACGGAAGACGAGCCAGCGAACCACCCAUUCAUCUCUCCCUCCCUACGCCGAACCCCACGAAUCGGAUCCGAUGGAUCGCCUGUCGCGGCCGGCGAGCCCGGGCGGCGGCGGGCUGGGGUACGCGUCGCGGCGGGGCCUCUACGCGCAGGCAGCGCAGCACCACUACGCCGGCAGCGCGCAGACGUCGCCGGGGGGGUCCCCCACGGCGUCGUCCCCGGUCCACCGCCACGCGCGGUCCGGGUCGCUCGGCGGUGCGGGGGCCGCGUCCGCCGCCGGCCGCCGCGGGGUCGCCGGCUCCCGCGCGCACAACACCGCCGCGCGCGCCGCCGCGCAGCGCCUCGCGCGGGUCAUGGCGUCGUCCUCCGAUGUUGGAGGUGGCGCGGGCGGGGACGGAGGGAGCGGGAGCGACGACGACGACUACGAGCUCUCUGGGGCCCCCAUCGAGCUCUCCUCCACCCCGCGUCGCACCUCCACACGCUCCCCUUCCCCCUCGAUAGGCCGUUACCUUGCGGAUCAGGCACCGGUGAGCCGGCCGCCGUCGCUGACGAACCGUUACAUGUCCGGGAAGUCGGUCCCAAUGAUACCGUCGAUCAAGCGGCCGGCGACGAGUGGUACCGGGUCAGAGUCCACCGUGGUGAACCGAAGGGAGGAGAGGAGAUCAGUUGAUCUUGGAAGUUCAUUGAGAGCCCGGCGCACAUCUUCUCUUCGUGAUGAGAUUAACACUCUUCAACUGGAAAAUGAGAGCAUGUAUGACAAACUUAACCUUGCAGAGGAAAGGUCCGAAGGAGAUGACAAAUCCAUGCACAUGGAGAGACAGGCUUCUGUUAUUGGUGAUGCCGUAGAAACAGAGGCGAAUUUGAUUAACAGAAAGGAUGCUGCAUUAGAACAAAGAAAGAUUGCUCUGAGAAUUGCUUCAAGAAGGUCUAACAGUGCAAGCUAUGAUGAGAUUGCGGCCCUUCGGUCAGAAGCAAAGGUUGCUAGUGACAUGGUCACAUCUGUAUCGCGGAGAGUAAAAAGUGCAGGAUCAGAACUGAGAUCUCUUCAGGCAACAGCCAACAGAAUGAUCCUGUCACAAGAAGAAAUGGAGGAGGUGAUACUAAAGAGAUGUUGGCUAGCUCGCUACUGGACGUUAUGUUUUAAACUUGGGAUAUAUUCUGAUAUUGCUGAAGAAAAACAAGAAUACUGGUCCUCGUUUGCACCACUUUCACUUGAAGCUGCCCUAUCAAUUGGGCAAAAAGCAAGAGAUGGAACUUUAUCAGAUAAUGCUGACAACGCCGACACCAAAAGCAAAAUGUCUGAUGUAAAUGACAUGGCUGGUGAUGGAAAUAUUGAGAGUAUGCUUUCAGUUGAGAAAGGACUGCGUGAAUUAGCUUCACUCAAGGUAGAGGAUGCAAUCAUGCUUGCUUUGGCAGAACAUCGACAUAUCAGACCUCUCUCAGGUCCAGCUUUUGCUGCCGAGGGUCAGAGCCCUUCCGAGUCAUUAGAAUUAAGUGAAGAAGAGCGAGAAGACGUACGGUUCAAGCAGGCGUGGUUGACCUAUUUCUGGAGGCGGGCCAAAACUCACGACACAGAAGAAGAUAUUGCUGACGAGCGGCUACAGUUUUGGAUAGAACAAAGCAAUCACCCGAUUACUACGAGCGAUGUCAUAGAAGUUGAGAGAGGGCUCCACGAACUGAAGAAGCUGGGAAUCGAGUCUCAGCUGUGGGACGCGACGAGGAGAGCUAUCGACGAUGAUUUCAGCAAUCACGGGAGCCCAACUGGAUCAGAAGUCUAGCAAACAAAUUUAGCAAUGCAUGAGAUGGAGCGAGGCCUAGUGCCGAUUUUGUGCCGUCAGAGGCCCACCUGAUAUUCCUUUCCUGUUUACGGUACUUUGGUAUCUUCAUGUAAAAAUUUUGGUCAAAUUAUCCACUAAACCUUCCUUUUAUA